AUGCAGGAGGGCUUCAAACAUCUGAACCAGGUGUUGGACAGUGACGCUCUUCUGCGAGCACUGGAUGAAUCCACACUGCGGAUACUGCCAACAGAGAAACACAUCUCAGUGGACACAUGGCCGGGCCUGUGCACCAUCCUCAUCCAGUGCGUUGGCAGAGAGCUUGGCACCACCUCUGGAAAGAAAAGGGGGCCAGAGGCGACGGUCUCGAAGACCUUCAGGCGUUUUGUGCAGACUGCCGAUGACGAGCGCCGAUCAGGCAGGACAGGCAUGCUGGGGCGAAAGGCUGCCAAGCUUUUCACGCAUGUCAAGGAUGUGGUCAGCAGGGCUGGUCCGACAUCGCCCUUUGGCGCAGACUACAGCAGCGUCCUGCGCUCCACCCUCCUUGUGAAUGCGCAGUACUGCUCUUCAGUGCCUGCCAGCACAUUCCAGGAGCUGCUUGACCUUUACAUGAAGAGAUUGGAGGAGUCCCCCCUGGACCGCAGCGAGGACACCUACAGGACAGUCUCCAUGGUACACCUGCUCCUGCAGAGCUUCCAGGGGGACAUGGACCAGCUUUUCAGGAGCGACAUGGUUGUGUUCCUCUGCGACAUGUUCCCCAAGCUACACGAGCUGAGGGAGGAUUCGCGCAUCAGCACAGCCUUUGUGGCGGCCACGAAUACGUUCCUGCUGGGCAACGGCCUGGACGUGUGCAGCAAGGCAGCAGAGCUGCAUGCAGCGGUGCACCCCUUUCUGACGCGCGCAUGGCGAAACGCGCGAGACACGCGGCUGCGGGACAAUCUCGUGCUCUACCUGCGCAUUCAGCUGCUGCUGGGAGGCCUGGAGGGGCCGGGGGAUGGCCACUUCCUGAUCGAGGUGCAGGAGCUGCUGGCCCACAGCAUGCAGCAGCCUGGGUUCAGCUGGAGUGAUGAUGCACGGGGCAGAGGCUGCCGCUCUUCGAGGCAUCAGCUGUCUUUGCUGGAGCUUGCAAGCGCUGUCACGCUCAAGCUUACCCUCCAGCGCAAGACAGCAGCACCCCAGGCUUCUGAUGUCAGAGAGAGCUCAGCCAAGCGCCGGAAGGUCAGCGAUCCUCAACAAGUGCUGCUUGAGCAGCUCAUGGCAUACCCUUCAUUGUGGGCGCCAGUUCUGGCAUUCCUCCUGCACCGGCAUGGCAGCCAGGUGGAUCAGCAGUGCCUUGAAACCUGGCUGCAGCUGCUCAGCGAGAACUUUGAGGUGACUUUCAAACGCCUCGUGGCUGGCAAAGCGCCUGAGCAGGCCGUCACAUGGCUGCUGUGCUUCACAGCUGAGCUGGCGGCUGCUUGGCCAGACCACCGCCAGCAGACCUCCUCCACAGCUUCCCUGUCUGUCAGCAAAGCCACCAGCCUCACACCGGCUGUGCAAAGCCAAUGGCAGGGCGACGCCCCAAACUCCCCGGAGGCAGUCCCAGCGAAGGAGGCUGCUGUCAUUGCCCUGGCUCUCAUAUCCAGGAAGGACCUGGCGCGCACCACUGCUUCAGGAACACCUCUCUUCAGGCUGCCUGUGAUGCAGCAGAUGCUGCCAGCUUCAAUCCACCUCAUCUGUUCCAGAUUCUCUUCAGGCUACAGAGGAGGCGCAGAGGAAGCAGCAGUGAGGACAGGGCUCUUGGAAGUGAUGUUGGGAGACAGAGCAGCUAGCAUGCCGCCAAAGCUUCUCUGCUGCGGGGUGGCUGGGGCUUUGGGCGUGCAAUCACAUGCACCCUCGGCAGAGGCCCUCGAUGCGGAGAGUCAGCACAUGUGGUGGCAGCAGGAAGAUCCUGACAAAGCAGUGGCUGAGCGGCUUCCUGUUCUCAUGAGAGGUGAGGACUUUGUGCGGGAGAGGACACGGGCCAUGCAGCCUGCGCCAGAGCCGUCUGGCAGUGGCAGCCAUCACAUGCCAGACAGCGUGGGGAUGCGUCUGCAGAGUGUGGCAGGCACCCGCCUUGCAGCACAGCUGGGCAGGCUGACAGAGGAGGCAGAUGCAGGGGGCGGAUCACAGCUGCAGGCGCUCAUGGGCAUGUGCACAGUUGCCCUCAGUUGCAAAGCUGCGCUGCUUGACAGGGCUCAGGGGGAUGAGGCGAAGCUGGAAUGCUCCUGGAAGACCAAUGGUGCUGUGUCAGAGGCUGUGGGAGGGGCAUUUGGGAAAUGCAGUAGCCUCCUCGUUGCUAUGGUGGACAGCAAGAGCUGUCUCACAAGCAGCACCUAUAGUCUGCUGGAGGAUUUGGUUGCUGUCCUUGUCGACACUCCAAAGAAGGAAGUCCUGGCAGGCCCUUGGCUGGGAGCAGUGCACGAGUUGGAGAGGCUCUUCAAUGACGCCGAUCAAGCAUCCGCUGCCCAAGUUGCAUCUCAGACGCAGCUGGCGUCGGGGAGCCCUGGCGCCGUCGACACCUCUGCAUCAAUGUUUGACGAUGAUCUGGACUUGCGGGCCACUGCUGUGGCUGCUGGAAAUGACAGGCCUUCAUCUGCCGGGCCAUCUUCCUCAGCAUCCCUUGUGGCGUCUUGCCGAGUCACCUGCGUGCGGCUGCUGGCAGUUCUCGGCAGCCUGCAUGCAGAAGUCGUGGCCAACAUUCUGGGAACCUACCUGCAACACUGUUUUGAUGCGGAGAUCUUACCUCCAGAAGGGCUGACUGAGCUCAUUGCUGAGAAGCUCUGCACUGUCGCCGCCUCCAGCAGGCUCCCAAAGCUCAUGGUGAUGGCUGCUGCUGGCUUGAAUGCGCGCAGUGGCAUUCUUGUGCCCAAGAAGUUCAACAAUUCCACCAUGUGCAUGGUCUUGCAGCAGCUGGAAUCCCUGAUACACGCGUGUGGCAGCAUGAGCUCAGACCUCAAUCGAGAGGUCUCGUUCCCUUGGCCGGUUGUUGCUUUGCUGAGCACAGUGGAAGCAUCAAAGCUGCAGCCUGAGUUGCUGGAUGAGUGCUUGGAGCACUUGACAGAUCUUCUGCAGGACCCUUGCUAUGAAGCCAGGCGGCACGGCGCAAGACUCAUCCCCUCUCUUUACGGGAACUGGUCUGACGUGCAGGCCAAGUUUGACGCUUUCAAGCCCAGGCUGUGCUUGCAUAGCCUAACGACAGCUCAUGGGCAGAAGUCAGAGGAGCGCAGAUCAGAAGAGCGCAUGGAGACCUCGGCUCUGUUCUUGGCUGAGACGGCUGUGGCAUGUGGAGCAUUGGAGGCGGAGGUUUUGUUCCUGCUCUGUGCGCAUGCAGCGCAAUUUGCCCAGCACCAAGCUUUGGUGCAAGCCAUACUGCAGAGUAUCGCCUUCCGCCUCGGCUAUACUUCCUUGCCAGCUUACAUGAUUAACCACAUGGUCCAGCUUGCCUUCCUCUGGUUUGGCAGCAAGUACAAUCUGCAGCAGCUCUUGAAUGUUCAAGAGCUAGUCAGGGUACAGGAGGGGGAUGUGCUUGAUCAGAAGGCGUUCCUUUUGUCAUACGGGAGAGCAACUGUCCCUGCCAUGCUGAAGGAUAACAGAGAGGAAGAAAUCAAGGAGAUGGCUGCUCUGCUGGACAUGGAAGUGCGGAAACUGCUGGAGAGGAACUAUGAUGCGAUCUUUGGAAUCACUAUUCCCCUCACAAUAACGGGUGAUGACAGCGGCAAGGCCUUGGCUAGGUCCAUCCUUGAAGGCAAUAUCAUGGCUGCCACUUUCACAGGAAAGGAGAGGGACAAGCUGUACAGCGACAAGAUCAACCCCAUCAUGGGGCAGUGUCUGCUGCUGGUGAGGGAGUGUGCGCACCCACCAGCGCCAUUUCUCACCGUUGCGCUCGGCAUAGAGACCGUCUAUGGACUGCCCAUGCGCCCCUCCCGAGAGGAGUGCCUUCAGAUUCUUUGGAGUCGGCUUAUGUCACACGACGAGAUAGCACGGCUGCUGGUGACGGUGCACGCAAACCUUCAAAAGGGUCGUUGCGCUCGCCACAAGCUGGAGGCUCUCGGCCCCUUGAAGGCGCUCCUGGUCAUUCUGGAUGGCCACGUGUGCACUCCACACACAUUCCGCCAUGUCAUGCACAUUCUGCUGCAGUGCCUCCGCGUCAGGGAGCUCCAGGACAAGUGCUGCAGGUUGCUGGAGGAUGUGCUGGAACGCAUCCAAGGGCGCACAGAGCUGCACCCCCUGCUGGGAGCCCUGCUUCCAACAAUCAUCUCAGGCUUAGUCACUGCGCUGGAGACCACCAAGGACCCGGCUGAUGCGCACAGCAGCAAAAGGUCCUCUGCGCGUCCCAACAAGCUGGUGUCUCUCAUCAACAGCUUGGUCUUGCAGGCGCUACCAGGCCUGCACCCGUACCUGCAGCAUGUGGAGCCUCUGCCAGACAUGCCAGAGCUGGCCAGGGCCCAGCAGCUGCUGGACAAGCUCAGGGCAGGAGUGAGCCUGAGUGAUGAGCUGACGCACUUUGUGGGGCGCGCUGCUUCGCUGCCCACUGUGCUCCUGCAGCGCGCCCUUGCCUCCCUGAACAGAGGCCUCAGCACUCGACAGAACGAGCUGGUGUCUGACAAUGGGGUGAGGCCAUGCAAGCCUGAGGUGGAGGAAGCUGCAUGGCGUCUGGUGUGGCUAGCCAGGGAGCUGGGGGACAAUGACCUGGCAGCGUUCACCGGCAAGCUGCUGGCACUGGUUGGGCCGCUGGACCCCCAUGUCAUUGCCUUCAGCAUCCCCACCUCGCUCUCCAGCUCCUCUGCAGCAGCUGAAAGGACGCCACCAGCGCAGCCUGCGCGCAGCAGCAAAGCAGGGUCUUAUGCGGCAAACAAGGAGGAUAGCAUGCGGGCACUCCUGGCACGGGCCCUGCAGCUGAUGGUUGUCUACCUUGUGGAUGAACACGUUCCUUUCAUCAAUCUGGUGCAUGCCGCACUGCGGCAGCUGCUCCCUCAAAAAGAGGGCGAGGCCGCCAUGCAGCAGUUGGACCCCCUGCAGCAGUCCUACCUGCAGGUCUUUGCCGGAUCCAAGAGUGCGACCAGCGUAGCAGAGGCAGGAACAAGGACUGACCUGGAGGACGGGAAGCUAUGGCAGCUGGAGGGUCAGACAUAUGACCAGUGGGUGUGCGGUCUGGCGGACGCUCUCUUGAGCCAUGCCAGCAACCCUCUGCUGCGCAUCCUGCAGCGCUGCGCGCGCAAGAAGCCGGCAAUGGCCGAGCUGCUGCUGCCCCACAUUUUCUCAGACCUGGCUGCCCAUGAUGCAGAUGCCUCGCUUAUGGUGUCAAAGCACAUCAUACGGGCCAAGGCAGCGGAUGUGAAGGCGGUCCGCCUGAUCCUGACGGUGCUGAAUUCCUUGCGCGGAGAGCAGCAGGACUUCAUUCUGUCUGGGAGGCUCCAUCAUGGCAAGUCCGGCCAGGCCGUCCCUGACACUGCAGAUCCCACAUCAUGGAAGAAAGUGUGCUGGCUGGAUCUGGAUUACUUGCAACUGGCACAGGCAGCGCUGCAGUGCUCUGCGGCCUUCACUGCGCUCCUGUAUGUGGAGUACUGGUGCAAAGAGCACCAUGGGCGGCUCACUCUGGGUGACCAAGAUGUUCUCAGUGAGGGUGGGUUGUCAACAGUGGAUCAGCUGCUCCUUGACAUCUACUCACAGAUUCAGGAGUCGGAUGGCAUCUAUGCUGCUGCCAGGUCCCAAAAGGCAGCCUCUCAGCUGUGCCUCUUUGAGCACGAAGGCGCCUGGGACAAGGCCUUGGUUGGCUAUGACCUGCUCCAGCGAGGUGAUCAAUCUGCACAGCAGCCGUCAGACCACCACUUUGGGCUUCUCAACAGUCUCCAGCAACUGGGCUGCCAGCACACUAUGGGCGCCUAUUGGGCAAGCCUGCCUCAAAGCUUCCAGUCAGGGAGUGGAGCAUUGUGGGAGAGGCGCUUUGAGAUGGCGUGGAGGAUGGGAGAAUGGCAGGAAGCUGCAGAGCUGCAGCCUCCUUUUCCUGAUGCUGGGGACAGCGCACCCUUUCACCAGGCCAUCUGCUCAAGCCUCAAGGCGCUGAAAGACGGGGACCGUGACACACUGGCUUCGACGCUGCACAUGGCGCGCGCGUCAGUGAUCCAGGAACUGGCUACCAUCUCCACCGAGAGUGCCGCCAGCAUCAACCCUGCCCUGAUGCGGCUGCAAAUGCUGGAAAGGCUGGCAGAAGCCUCACAUCUGCAGGGACAAAUCCAAGGAGCUCACAGCAGUGCCGCUGCGCUUGCCCUCCAACAGAGCUGGGCGCACAGAAACAACUCCCUCCUGAGCACAAAUAGCCGCUAUGAGCUUCUGGAGCCGCUCCUGAGCCUGCAGAGGACGCUUGCCAGCGCGUUGGACAUGCCAGACGCGGUCGCCAGUGUCUUGCUGCUGCGAGCAUGCACCGCGCGCAAGAGCGGCCGCCUGACGCAUGCCAUGGGCUCCUUGCAUGACCUGCAGACUGCAUUGAGGGACUUGGGUGGCGGGCAAAUUGGAGCAGCCAUGAACUGGCGCAUGGAGGAGGCGAAACUGCUGUGGGCGCAGGGGCAGCACAGCAUGGCCAUUCAGCUGGGCCAGGCUCUGCUCAACAAGAUGAGGGCUGAUGCACAGGGGGAUGCUGAGCAGCUCACCCGCUUGCAGAGCCUCCUCGGCAAAUGGCUCGCCUGGAACAGGUCUGAGAGCUCGGCGGCAGUGCUGGAGAUGAUGCAGCAGGCGCUGCAGAGGGUGAGCCAGAGCAGCUCGCAGCCGCUGCCGGAGGGCAAGGUGGCCUGCCGAGCAGCCUACCGCCUGGCGCACUACGCAGACACCAUGUACUGCAGCGUGCAGAAGCAGCGCAACUCCCCCGAGUGGGCCACCGCCCAAGCCGUCAUCCAGCAGAAGAUGCAGCAGAUGGCGCAGUGGCAGGCGCAAUUUGACGACCGCCGGCGGAGGGGGGACAUGAAGGUGGCAGCGGAUGGGACUGUGCUGGACAAGGAGAGCCGGCAGCUGUGGCACCACAUCAACAGCCUCAAGCGCCCCGUGGAGGCUGACAAGCAGGAGCAGGCCGUGCUCAGCGCCAGCGAGCUCCGAUACAGAGAGAUCGCGAUGACCAACUACCGGAGGUGCCUGCUGGCCGGCAACGCGUACAACCUGCCCGUCGUGUUCAGGCUGUGCCAGCUGUGGUUCAGCCUGGGCGCGGAGAAGGCAGUGGCCCAGCAGAUGGCGGCAGCUACCGCGCAGGUGCCCUCCUGGAAGUUCCUGCCGCUCGUGUACCAGCUCGCCUCGCGCCUCAGCUGCGGGGGCCGCAGCCGGCCCCUCGACGACAGCGGCUUCACGGCGACUCUGACGGCGCUGAUGCAGCGGCUGGCGGGCGAGCACCCGCACCACACACUGCACUGCCUCAUGGCGCUCAAGAACGGCAACCGCGGCCGAGACGGCCGACGCGCCGACGCCGCCGGGCGCACCAGCCGCGACGCGCUCGUGCACUCCGUCGACUUUGACAAGGUCGCCGCUGCCGAAAGCGUGCUCAACGCCGUCGCCAACAAGCCCUCCCUGAGGGAGGUUGUGGCGCAGGUGGGGCAGAUGGCUGAGGCCUACAUUGAGCUGGCAGCUGUGCCUGCAGCGGACAAGGCCACUGAGAUGCCCUUCCCUUCACCCAUCAGGCGCUCCACCAAGGCACUCAACAAGGUCCCUGUGGUGAGUGUCAGCAUUCCAGUGGAUCCCAGCUGCCGCUACAGCGGUCUGGCCUGCUUCUCGCACUUUGGGGAGGGCAUCACCUUUGUUGGGGGCAUCAACAAGCCAAAGCUUGUGCAGUGCUUUGACAGUGUGGGAGUGCGGCACCGGCAGCUGGUGAAGUCCGGCAACGACGAUCUGCGGCAGGAUGCGGUCAUGCAGCAAUUCUUUUCGCUCAUCAACGACCUGCUCGCGCAGAGCGUGGAGACGCGCAAGCGGUGCCUCAGCAUCGUCACCUACAAGGUGGUGCCUUUCUCGCCCGCGGCUGGGCUGCUGGAGUGGGUGGAGGACACCGAGCCGCUGGGCACAUACCUGACCGGCAAGGAGCGCACUUCCGGCGCGCAUGCGCGAUACGCGCGCCCCGGCGACUAUUCCUUCUUCGACGCGUACAACGUCAUCUCCAAGGCCAAGCCGCAGAACCUGCGCAGGGCCUACGACGACGUGUGUGCGCGCUUCACGCCGUGCCUGCACAAUUUCUUCCUGGAGUCUUUCCGGCAGCCGGCGGCGUGGUUUGAGAAGCGGCUGGCGUACACGCGCGCGACAGCCGUCAACUCCAUGGCCGGCUACCUCAUCGGCCUGGGCGACCGCCACUUUCACAACAUCCUCAUUGACAAACGCUCCGCCGAGGUGGUGCACAUUGAUCUGGGGGUGGCGUUUGAGCAGGGCCGGUUCCUGAACACGCCCGAGCUGGUGCCCUUCCGCCUCACCCGCGACGUCGUGGACGGAAUGGGCGCCACAGGGGUGGAGGGUGUGAUGCGCGGGUGCUGCGAGGAGACGCUGCGGGUACUGCGCGUGCACAAGGAGUCGCUGCUGACCAUCGUGGAGGUCUUCAUCCACGACCCCCUCUACCGCUGGGCCCUCACCCCAGCCAAUGCACACCAGCGCCAGGUCUCCUCCAUGGCCGACCCCGCCGGCUUCCCAGAGCUGGAGCAGCCGCUGAACGGCGUGGGAGACGGCAUUGCCAACGCGGACGCCAAGCGCACCCUGCUGCGCGUCAAGCAGAAGCUGGAAGGCCUGGACGGAGGUGAGGGGGAGGCCAAGAGUGUGGAGGGGCAGGUGCAGCAGCUGCUGCAGGAGGCUCAGGAUCCGGACAGGCUCUGCCGCAUGUUUGUCGGCUGGGCGCCCUGGCUCUGA